AUGGAAGGUGGUUUGAUGGAAGUAUUGAGUGAUGCCAUUCGGGAGGCUCUAUUUGAAGUUAUCGAAGAUUUGCUCAAAACAGAGAAUUUUAAAGUGAACAUUGAGCCUGGUUCGAAAAAAGGUGAUAACUUCAUUGGAAUCGUCUACCGCAUAAUAUUCAGUACGGCAGAUAAAAAGCGAAGUUCGAAAUUGUUUUUGAAAAUUGCUCCCGAAAAUGAAGAGCAUCGAGAAAAGGUGUUAGCUCAUCGUUUUUUUUUACGUGAAAUAUACGUUCAUAAUGAGGUCUUGCCAUGUUUCCGUGAAUUCCAAAAGUCGAGAGCCAUAGUGGCCGGUAAUGAUGGAUUUUUUGAAUAUCCUCAGUGCUACAAAUUCCUCGAUGCUGAACCGUUUGAGUGUUUGUUUCUUCAAGAUGUCACUGAAAAGGGGUUUGAAAUGAUAAAUAAGGACGAAUUGACAGUGGAACAUAUUUUGCUUGUAAUGCAGGCUCUUGGGAAGUUACACGCCAUCUCAUUUGCGAUGAAAGAUCAACAGCGCGACAAGUUUUCAGACAUUGUGAACGGGCUUCAUGAGCACUUUUUCAGGCACGGAUAUAAUGCGGUUGUGGCAGAAAUGCACAAGAAUGCUGCAAUAAAUGUGAUCAAUGCCAUUACCGAUGAAAAAGACAGUCAUUUGUUAGAAGCAGUCUUGAAAAUGUACGAAAUUAGUCAGUUUGAUAUUCUUGUAAAUUGUGUUGAUGCAAAUGAAGCGGAACCCUAUUCUGUCGUGAUCCACGGUGACAUGUGGUCAAAUAACACCAUGUUUAAAGUUAAUAAACAAAAUAAGCCAAGCAAAGUAUGUAUCAUCGAUUGGCAAAUAUGUCGCUAUAGUUCACCAGUAUUGGAUAUCGUGUAUUACAUUUUUCUUAGUACAACGCGAGAGCUUCGGGGCCGAAACUAUAACAUUUACUUGAAGACAUACCAUGAAAGUUUAUCAAAUCAUUUGAUAAGGUAUUCGAAAUCAAUUGAUUUUCUGCAAAUUGAGCAGAAAUGUACUCCAUUUCUUCAAUAAAAAGAUGUUCCAAUUUCAGGCUCGGUUCAAAUCCCGACAAGUUAUUCCCGUACAUCGUGUUACAAG